CCCGUCGGCCGGUCUCCGUCCGCGUCGCCGCCUCUGCCGGGCGGACAGGCUACCCGACACGCAGGAGUAAUACGGCGAGAGCGGCAGGGCGCGCCCGCCAUCAUUGGCGCGGCUCCUCCCCCUUCCACACGCGUGCGCCGCAGCGCAGCACAAAUAAUCACGAGCCCCGCGCGCGCACCAUUCCACUCGCGCACCCGCCGCGGCCGUCGGCUCUACUAGCUCGCAACGGCAGGAACCAGGAGCAGGGAGAGGGGAUGGAGCAGUACGAGGUGGUGGAGCAGAUCGGCCGGGGCGCCUACGGCUCCGCCUACCUCGUCCUCCACCGGGCCGAGCGCAAGAGGUACGUGAUGAAGAAGAUCCGCCUCUCCAAGCAGAACGACAAGUUCCAGCGGACCGCCUACCAGGAGAUGUCCCUAAUGGCAAGCCUCAGCAACCCGUACAUCGUCGAGUACAAGGACGGUUGGGUGGACGAGGGGACCUCCGUCUGCAUCGUCACAAGCUACUGCGAAGGAGGCGACAUGGCGGAGAGGAUCAAGAAGGCAAGAGGCGUACUCUUCUCUGAAGAGAGGGUCUGCCGGUGGUUCACACAAUUGCUCCUCGCCCUUGAUUACCUGCACUGUAACCGGGUGCUCCACCGCGAUCUCAAGUGUUCCAACAUUUUAUUGACAAGGGAUAACAACAUCAGACUUGCUGACUUUGGGUUGGCGAAACUGCUCAUGGAGGACCUUGCCUCAUCGGUCGUAGGAACCCCAAACUACAUGUGUCCAGAAAUACUAGCAGACAUACCUUAUGGAUACAAAUCUGACAUAUGGUCACUUGGUUGCUGUAUGUUUGAGAUUUUGGCACACCGCCCUGCAUUCAGAGCUACAGACAUGGCAGCAUUGGUUAACAAAAUAAACAGAUAUUCAAUAUCUCCAAUGCCCCCAAUAUACUCAUCAGCACUGAAGCAGAUAGUGAAGAGCAUGCUAAGGAAAAAUCCAGAACAUAGGCCAACUGCUGGAGAACUAUUGAGGCAUCCACACCUGCAACCAUAUCUUGCCGAAUCAUGCAGCUGUUCACCAAUCUAUCUUCCAGUGAAGCCCACCAAAAGUAACCUGGGAGACAAGCAGUCAAGGAAGCCAAGCAAUGGCAGAAAGAGAACUGUCAAAGCCAAUGGAUCCAACGGAACAUUAGAAACUGCAACAGAGCACAAUGUGGAAGGAUACAGCUCCACAAACUUUUCUGACGUAUCAACCAUUGGUACCCAGGAAGCCUUGAUUUUGCAAAUGCCGGGGGAUCUAGAUGCCAGAAACAAAGAGCCAGAGAGCAGCAAUGUUUUAUCACUUCAGCAUGCAGAAGAGAACUUGAUGGCAACAACUGAUCGACAGAUUGAUUCGCCCAUACGUCUUAAAGCUAUAAGAACCAGCAACAUAAAAGAUGAGGCCCCCGUCAGUGCGUCAAAUCAAAAACCUGAUGAGGCGCCAAUACCAAAUGAGGAAUUGACAAUUGGAGUUGUGCAAGAAGAAAGGAAGGAUGUGAAGCCACGCUCUUAUCAAGUACCAAAGCCAGGCUCAGGUGACACAACUAUGACAGAGGAAUCAUCACCAAUCAGCACGCUAAAACUCGUGCAUACAGAAAGCACACCGGCUGAGUGGGAUCAUCUGAACAUAGUUCAGCAGAGAGCCGACGCUCUGGAGUCACUCCUAGAGCUUUGUGCAAAGCUCCUGGAGCAGGAGAGGCUCGAGGAGCUUGCAGGUGUUCUCCGACCAUUCGGCGAAGGAGCCGUGUCGUCUCGAGAGACAGCAAUAUGGCUGACGAAGAGCCUCAUGUCGCCACCGAAGUUUGGAGAGUCCCCAACAAAGCUUCUGUAACAUUAGAUAAAUUUGAGGAUUUCAUUUUCAAAACCACGUGCUAUUUCGAGAGUGUACAUAGCUUCUCAAGAAUCCAUGAUUUGUGAUUAAUGAGGCUUGAGUUUUAUUUAAAAUCUUGAUGUAUAUGGUUUGCAUGACACUGGGCACUGUGUGCGCCUGCAGACUAUUUAUCGGCUAUUUAUUAUACAAAAAUAGCAUGUGCUGCUUGUCUGCUUCUACAAACACUAAGUCAUGUAAAUUUUCAUUCCUCAUAAGAACUCCAAAUCA